AGCUCGCCGGCCGGUUAUAAAUCGGGGUGCCCACCACGGACCUCUUCCCCCACCAACACCAACACCAACACCACACACAGCCAAGCUCACUGCACUACACUACAAGGGGCGAGCCGGAAGAUGGGGAAGCAGCUGACGCUCCGGGUGGCGGCGCCGCCGCUGGUGCUGGUGGCAAUGCUGCUGCUCUCCUUCCCCUUCACCGGCCGCUGCGCCGUCGCCGAGCAGCCAGGGGCCGACGAGUCCAGCCUGGACACGGGCGUCGCCGGCGACGUGGUCGGCCCCAACUUCACCCAGAGCGCGGCGUCCUUCGGCCAGUCGGGCGUCGCCAGGGCCACCUGGUACGGCGCGCCCAACGGCGCCGGCCCCUACGACAACGGCGGCGCUUGCGGGUUCAAGAACGUGAACAAGUACCCGUUCAUGGCCAUGACCUCCUGCGGCAACCAGCCGCUGUUCAAGGACGGCAAGGGAUGCGGCGCAUGCUACAAGAUCAAGUGCACGAAGCACAAGGCUUGCUCGGGUCGGACGGAGACGGUGGUGAUCACGGACAUGAACUAUUACCCCGUGGCGCCCUACCACUUCGACCUCAGCGGCACCGCCUUCGGCAAGCUCGCCAAGCCCGGCCGCAACGACGAGCUCAGGCACGCCGGGAUCAUCGACAUAUCAUUCACCAGGGUGCCUUGCGAGUUCCCGGGGCUCAAGGUGGGCUUCCACGUCGAGGAGGGGUCCAACGCCGUGUACAUGGCCAUCCUGGUGGAGUACGAGAACGGCGACGGCGACGUCGUGCAGGUGGACCUCAUGGAGUCCGGCCGCCGCGGCGGCGGGCGGUGGACGCGGAUGCGCGAGUCCUGGGGAUCCAUCUGGCGCCUCGACUCCAACCACAGGCUCCAGGCGCCAUUCUCCGUCCGCAUCCGCAACGAGUCCGGCAAGACGCUCGUGGCGCGCAACGUCAUCCCCAAGAACUGGCGCCCAAACACAUUCUACCGCUCCAUCGUCCAGUACAGCUAGAGCAUUCCAUCGGAGGGCCGGCCGGAUCUCCCCAUCUGGUUCUGUUUUGGCGCGAGUUGAAAGUUGUUGGAAUUUGAAUGUCUGCAUCGUACUACUACUAGGUGGGAAAUAGAGGAGGCACGCGUAGUAGUGCGCCCAGAGAAAUGAGGGCGCACGGACGCUCUCCCGCCCGCUUCAAUCUACUAGCUGUUGCAUUAAUUGUUUCAGACUUAUAAUUCGGGGGAUGCACGAGCAGUAUAUGUGCUGCAUCCUUGCAUGAUGUAUCCAUGAUCCAUUUAUAUAUAUGUGAAUCAUGCUUCAUCCA